AGCGGCAACAGCCCAGAUUGAGUGAUGAUUCAAGCUCACUCCCUCUCUUCUAACCAUCACUGAAGUCGACCCCUGCCCCCAACCCCUCUCCUUGCUCCCCUUUUGUCUUGUACCCGCUCCUCAGUCCCUACUCCCUACCCGUGGCUGGGAUGGACGGCACCGAGGAGGCCGACCUCUGGGGCAUACCUGCCCAGCAGCAGCCGUGGGUCUCGCCUCGUUGCCCUCGCAAUCACCAGCUAGCUCCUAUCCAGUCGCUCACAACCAUCCCUGCCCACCCAUCGCUGCACAGAGGUCAGCCAGUUCUCCCCCGCUCCCACCCUUCUCAAGGCGAAAUCAAUCGAGUCACGGCAUCCUCUCGCCACACCUCGCUCCCCGCUGCUAUUGCUCAGCCUCCACCCCGCCAGGCAGCUCGAGUGGCGAAAGAGCGAGCAAAGGCACUUGCCGCUGCUGAGCUUGGUCCUUCCCAAGAGUCUUCCUCCCCCUUGACCGCUAGAGAGGACACCGAGCCAUCUGAAGGCGAGGUGGGUCCUUCACCUUCCCAUGAUCCCCUCAAGCAGACGACCUCGAAUGAAAAUCCGCCGGCUCGUGGCACCACACCGUCACCCCUACGUACUCCAUCGCCAGACCUGCCUGACAUCGCAGAGGAGACGACCACCUUCAAUACUGCUCAGGCCGCCGGCGAGGUCAUCGCCUACAAAUGUGUGCGAGACGGGGGAAUUCCAGUGAUCAAGAAAACUCAAACGAAGUGGACUGUGAGCUCCAACGUCUAUGGUGCCUUCUCUAUUGGCUGAGGUCCGAUGCUGACCUUCUCGAGCGCCCCUCACGACCGUAGCUGACAUGCUCCGGAGCUCAGUGCCCCUGGGAGGUGGUCGUCCGAAAGAUCAACCGAGGUCAGCUGCCCCCAAA